AUGGCGUCAUGGGACAAUUUAGCAAGCAAGUUUCAAUCCCAUUUUGCAACCAGUCGCCCCGUACCCAAAUCCGUGCACGCCCUUGAAAAAGUACAACAGCUUUCUGGCGAGACCCUCCGGUCCUUCCUAGAUCGUUUUGAUAAAGAAGCCUUCCAAGUGCAAGGCCUAGACCCCAAAGUACAGGAAUUUAUGAGAAUUGAAGAAUACAAAGGGAGUCGAGCUAAUGACUCCCACUGUCAAGAAAAGGCGAUCAGCAAGGGAAGGAAUCAUGUUGAUGAAAGUAGGAAAGGAUACCAAGCAUCCAGCCGUUCUGCCCGCCAUUCUGGGCAGGACACAUCCGAACGACGGUCACACACUGUCUUACAAACAGAUUACAAAAAGGAUCCCAAAAGCAACCAAAGGCCCCAGCAACCAAGCAAAGAGGUCGCGCCAUAUUGCAAGUUUCAUCGCAGUAGUGGCCACAACACAGAGGAUUGCAGGCGCCUCAAGGACGAGAUUGACGAACUCAUCAAAGGCGGUACAAAAAAAAAUGGAGGAGAUAAUGCUCGCCCCUCCAGAUCAGGCAGGCGAUACCGCGACCGAAGCAAGUCGCCAGAAAGGAGGAAAACCGAUCAGGCCAAUGCUCGGUCCCGCCAAGAACGAGGCCAAAGAGAAGACUCACCUCAAAGAACCAGAACACAGACAAGCCCGAGCCGAGGAGGGAGGCGUGUUGAAGAAGAAGACUCUGCAACCAUCAAGCACAGAGUAAUUAAUAUUAUCUCUGGAGGUUUAAGCGGCGGGGGCGAAACGUCUAACGCCAGGAAGAAGCAUCUAAAACAAUGCCUGACGAUUGCAGGAAAGGUGAUCAGCAAAGAUAAAGGGCACCAUGGCCCAGCCAGGCCAAACAUAGUUUGGGACAGCAGCGAGUUGGGGGACGUUCUCCCCGGGCACGACGACCCACUUGUCAUCCAAGCGAUAAUCGCCAAUUACACCGUCAACCGUGUAUUUGUUGACCACGGCAGCUCAGCCGAUAUUUUAUUCUUGCCAUGUUUCAAAGCAUUAGGGUUCACAAUUAACGAUUUAACUCCUGUCGCAGCUGAACUUUCAAGUUUCAAUGCUACCACCACCAAGCCUUUGGGGGUGAUAAACUUGCGUCUCUCGCUUGGAACGCCGCCAACAUCACGAUCUGCAGACAUCCAAUUCCUAGUACUGGAUACACCAUCCGCUUACAACGCCAUCCUAGGCAGGAGGAUGUUUGCAGCAUAG